AUGGAAUAUAUCCACUUUUCUUUGAACAUGUAUCAGAAAGUAGCCAAUGUUCUCAUCAGGAAGGGACGUAUGCCUGUCGGCCUGAUCGUCAAUUUUACAGCGCUGAAGCCUCGUCAAGUGCGCGAGUGUCUCUUUGUCCUGAUCCAACACAACUUGGUGGUCUAUGCAGAGAGUCAGGAAAAGUCCAGGAUCGUCACCUACUAUGAGAUCAACCGAACAGAGCUCUUGCACAGGGUUUUAAUCCCUAAGGUCUUGCAUUCUUCGCAGGAGUGGUUUGAGCGCGAUGGAGCACUCAUUGCCGAGUCUUUGCUAACUCAUGGAAAGCUGACCAUCACAGACUGCGUUGCCGAUGUCUUGACGACCAGCGGUGUUGCCCCAGGAAAGACUACAACCCAACGCACCCAAUUGCUGAACAAGGCGUUCACAAGGAUGGUCAAGGAGAAGUGUUUGAUUGCGGUUCGACCCUCUGACUCAUUGACUGCAGCUGACAAGGACAUGGCAGAGGAGAAACGGGAAACAGAUAAAAUGACUCUGCCACCUACCGCAGCAGAAUUGGCCUCCAUCCGCAAGGUUCUCGGAGCACAGAAGCAGGCGGAGCAGAAUUCCACAAUUGUCGGGCUGAAACGUAGGCUGGAUACCAUGGAUGACAGCUACGGAGAGAAGCGCCCAAGAUUGUUGACAGACGGAGACCUUGUGAUUAUUGAAGAGGUUGAGACGGAUGUCUAUUUCAAGGUCAACUUUGAACGCUUUAUUAUCAGAUGGAGGAACGUGCAAAUCGCCAACCUGUAUGAGGCGAGACUGAACCCAACGGCAAAGACGAUUAUGCAGACAAUUAUGAACUUGGCAGAGGAGCGUAUGAUCAACUGCAAGGAGGAACACUCUUCGCCCGUCAGCAUCAUGCUUUUGCUCAACAGUCUCCCCAAGGACACCAAUCUGAUCGACACACUCGAGUUCGACCCUUCAGAUCUCGGACCCAACAACACCAAGCCUAAGAUCCACGAAUGUCUCGACAAGUAUAUCCAGAUUCUGGAGGAAGACCUCAUGAAGAUUCUGAAGAAGGAUGGAGGACGGAGCGGACAAUAUGUCAUCAACCUCAAGUCGGCAUCGCAGAUCCUGAAAAAGAACUUGAUCCAGGGUAUCGUCUCUGCCCGGUUUGGAGCGCCCUAUGUCCGGAUCAUGAACAUGCUUGCAGACAAGGGCAAGCUGGAGGAGAAGCAGAUCUCAAGGUUCUCGAUGAUGCCUGUCAAGGAUGUUCGGGAGAAGUUGACGACACUGUGCACAUUCGGCGUGUUGAACUUGCAGGAGGUGCCCAAGACCAAAGAACGCACACCCUCAAGAACGUACUACCUCUGGGAGGUCAUUCUGCCCAGGGCUGCAGACACCUUGACCGAUCGCCUCUAUCAUACCAUGGGCAAUCUGCGUCAGAGGCGGUUUGUGGAGCGUGCAAAGCGGGCUGUGCUGUUGAACAAGUGUGAGCGGACGGAUGUCAAAGCCGACGAUUCGCUACUCAACGCUGCAGAGAAGAAGGAAUUGGAGACCUUAAACAGCGUCUUGGAGAUGUUGGAGAUGCAGGAGCUUAGGAUCGCAGAGAUGGUCAUCACGCUGCGUGACUUUUAA